GAGAACUCAGACAGAAUCAAGACACUUUUAAGGCAACUCUUAGACAUCAGAAAGACCCUCAGUAGACAUGAGGCCAAUACCAGAGAGCAUGAAGGUUUUAUACUUUGCCAGAACUUCUGAAGAGCCUUUUGUAGAGAUAGUCACUGUUAAACCAGACAAGCGUCGACAUAGUCUCUGUAGCUCCACAGACUCUGAAUAUGAGGAUCUGCUGCCAGUUUUAAAAGACAACAGUCAGAUUUUGCAGGUGCACCAUCUUCAACAGCUUAUGAAUCAUAUUCCAGCGCGGACUCAAGGGUAUCCAUGGAAAUUAUUGUAUAGCACGGCGGAGCACGGCACCAGUUUGAACACGCUCUACAGACACAUGGCAGAAAUAGACAGGCCUGUUCUUAUGGUCAUCAAGGACACGGACAACCAGGUUUUUGGGGCAUUCUCUUCCGACCCUUUCAAAGUGAGCAGAUACUGUUACGGCACUGGAGAAACGUUCCUGUACAGCUUCAGUCCAGACUUUCAGAAAUUCUGCUGGAGUGGAGAAAAUUCCUACUUUGUCAGAGGAUUCCUCGACUCACUACAGAUGGGAGGCGGAGGUGGAUACUUUGGCCUGUGGUUGGAUGCCAACCUGUAUCACGGCUCAAGUUACUCGUGCAACACUUUCUACAACCAGCCGCUGUCACUCCAUCAUGACUUCACCAUUCAGGAUCUGGAGGUGUGGACCUUCAUAUGAGGAGAAAUCGAGAAUCUUCCCAGCAUGGCUAAAGGGGCUGGCUUUCACCAUUGCAUUGCAAUGAACCGUUCCAGCUCUGAAACUGCCGUAACUUAUCUCUCAGCUGAAAUGAUUAAAGGUAGAUCAAGAAAACAGGUUGGGGCAGGAUCACCGUUUGGUGUUGCCAGUUCCAGUAACUGUACAAAUCCAGUCAAAGUCUACAGAACUGACAAUACUGUAAACCAGUCUGCGAGAAUGAUGUAAAGCUUCCAGAAUGGCACAUACUGUAUAUUCACUGUUCCCAAACCUCCCGAGCUGCAUACACAGGGGAUCAUCUAUUUAAAAACUUACUAUUUAAGCUAAUAUUUGUGUGUGAUGGAAAUCCAGAUAAGUCACUUCAGUAAGGAUUCUGCCUUAGAAGCUAGCUCCCUGUGUAGGCCAUAGACAGCAAGGCAGCGCACUACUGUAAGUUUUGGAACAGAGCUCUUGAGUACUACUGAGAAAAGUCACUUUGCAAUAACAGUGCAUUUACUUUUAAAAAUGCACCAAACAGAGUACAAAUGGUUUACAUGUCAUACUACUAGUUGAUCUGUGUCCAGCGACCAGUGCAUUAAUGCAAAAGAAUGUGAAAAAAGGGUGUAUGGUGCGAUUUUACUACAAAUUACUGUAUUUUUGUACUUUAUUUAAAUAACUUCUUUGAACUAUGUAAAGUUGUCAAUUUUUUAAACGUUUAAUUAUUUUUAUGGAACAAGUUUGCAUUUCUCACGCAGUGCUGGCAUUGCAUUUGUGAGCUUUGAAACGUUCAAUAAAAAGCAUUGCUUUUGCA